AUGUCUGCAUUUAUUAUCCCUGAGAAGCGCGAGCAGCUUAUCAUCAUGGCGAAGGUCGCGGAGCAGUGCGAGCGCUAUGAUGAGAUUAUUGUGUGCAUGAAGCGCGUGGUAAAGCACAGCCCCGUGCUCUCUUCGGAGGAGCGCAACCUACUCUCAGUGGCGUACAAGAACGUUAUUGGGGCCCGCCGGGCGUGUUGGCGCAGUAUCACCGCCCUCGAGCAGAAGGAGGAUAUAAAGAAGGACAAGAACGUCACCCUCAUCAAGGGCUUCAAGAAGCAGAUCGAGAAGGAGUUGAGUGAAAUCUGCUCCGAUAUACUGGAUCUUAUCGAUAAGCAUCUUCUGCCCAACGCAGACACAGAGGAGACGAAGGUGUACUACCUCAAGAUGAAGGGCGACUAUCACCGCUACUACGCCGAGAUUGAAACAAACACAGAGGAGCAGAAGAACAAGGCGCUGGAGGCGUACACGCAGGCGAUGCAGUACAACUCCUCGCUUAAGCCCACGAGCCCAAUCCGGCUUGGCCUCGCACUAAACUUCUCCGUCUUUUACUACGAGAUCCUCAAGAGCCCGGACCGCGGCUGUCAGCUGGCACGUCAGGCCUUCGAGGAGGCCCUCAGCGACCCCAGCGUGCUCGACGAGGAGCAGCACAAGGAGGCCGCCCUCAUCAUGCAGCUCCUCCGUGACAACCUCGCGCUCUGGACAGAGGACGCCCACCCGGAGGGACGCGACGACGGCACCGCCAUGGAGGAGCUCGAGUAG